UGAAAACGCGUUUCCGCGAAACUCUCUCCCUUGUAUCCUUUGUCGAGUCAAAAUCACGAAUCUACAAAAGCAGACGCCCAAUUUGAUUUCCUCAAAGCACUAUUCUUUCCUUCUCUCUAUAUAUUUACUUAAUUAUUCUAUCCGUAAAAACACGCUUUCCCUCACCUAUAUAUACACCCAUUUCCGACGCAUGAAAAUUUAAAUUACUACAUUUCACAACAAUUUACAAAAACAAACAAAGCUAGAAGCAGCUCAGGGGCGACCUGUUUGAACACACAACAUAUUUAGUAAAAAAAAUGGCUAACACUAAGAAUUUGGUAUUGUUUGGGUGGUUGGCCGCCGCCGCCCUAUUAAGCGGUUGCGCCGCCGAUACGUACACGGUGGGAGAUGACCUCGGGUGGACGAGGCCGCCUCUUGGAGAAGUAGCCUACCAGACAUGGGCUAGGCUUAAAGAUUUUGACGUCGGAGACACCAUAACAUUCAGCUGGACUGGAACACACAAUGUAGCCCAAGUGACGAAAGAUGGUUACGACAACUGCAGUGCAACAAGCAAUUUGGGCCCAGUCCAGACAGUAAGCCCAUACAACUUCAUCCUUAACUCCACCGAGCCUUACUACUUCAUUUGCACCGUCGGCGACCACUGCAGCAACGGCCAGAAGGUUACCGUUCAAGUCCGCUCAUUCAACGCCGCCUCUCCGUCUCUCACCACCGCCGCCUUCUCUGCUAUCUUCCUCGCCGUCUCCGCCUCCGUUGCUCUAUUGAUCUAAUCCGCCUUCACUUUGACGAUUGCAUUUAUAUAAAAUUCAUUUUCGUAUCUUGAUUAGUGUCUAGUUAUAUAUUCUUAUACAGGUUUUUGUAUUUAAUUAACGUUAUAUCUAUUGAUUGUGUUUAUUAUGUCAAAGUAUACUUAUUCAUAAUUUAGUCAUUAAAUAAAAUCGGAUGGUUCAUAA